UUACUCAUCCCUCGAAGACCGCGAUUCCCGCCUGAAAGUGAGACGAGGAAUUUCGAGAUUUGACCAAAAAUCUGCCCAGAAUCGCGCCGAACGAAGGGAUUUUCCGCGUGAGAGUGAGGAGCUACAGGUAAAGAGAAUUAGAUCAAAAUGGUGAGGACUCGAGCUGAUGCUGGACCAACCAAGGUGUCUGCAGCCAAAGCACCAAGAAAGGUGUUGAGUGCCCCCAGUGGAGGAGCAGGCAGUUCUUUCUCAUCACCUGGAAGAGUGAGCGGCAAAGAGAAAUACUCUGGAGGCAACAGUUACAACCCGCAGCCCACACCAGAAUGGCAGAAGGGAAUUGGGAGCUUUUUCAAAUGUAUUCCCAAACCCCAGGAAGGAGAAGGCAGCAGCAGCAGUUCCUCAGACAAAAAGGAAACCAAGCCAGAAGUUGAGACAGGGGAAGGUUCAUCAAAUUUAAGCAAGAAUGGAAUGAUAUCAGAUGAGGAUGAUGAAUAAGUUCAAAAGGAAAUGUUCAUGUUAAUUUCACGUAGCUGCUAUGCUGUGUGCAAUAAAUUACUUGAACAUUUAUCAUGAAUAAAUAUGCAAAUGUUUUUAGUUUUUAAGGAAGAUAUUAAUGAGACUGAUAAUUGUCCUUAGAAAA